AUGCCACCGGGCAAGAAGGCUGUAGGCUGCAAGUGGGUGUUGAAGAUUAAACGCGAUCCAAGUGGGAAUAUCAUCAAGUUCAAGGCACGCUUAGUUGCGAAAGGGUUCACGCAGCGUCCUGGCAUCGACUACAACGAGACCUUUGCACCAGUGGUGCGCAAGGAAUCUAUCAACACAGUGUUGGCGAGAGCUGCAGCUGGAGACCUGGAAGCAGAUAACGUUGAUGUCGACACAGCGUUUCUCUACGGCGAAGUGGAAGAGGAGAUCUACAUGGACCAACCUGACGGUUUUGAAGAUGAAGGAAGCCCGAAAAAGAAGUGUUUGCUGCAGAAGGCGCUAUACGGGACGUAG